AUUGUGUGUGCGUGUAUAUAUAUAUGUACAUACUCUAAAACAAAAAUAAGCACAACCCAAUUCACUUGAAGUGAUUCUAGUUCAUUCAACUUUCUCAUAUCAGCUGAAAAAAACACUAGUCACAAACUAUGGCAUCUACUGAGAAGGCUGAACAAGGAAAGGAAUCUACUUCAUCUCCCAAGCCAGUCUCAGGGCCCUCAGCUACUUGUACAACUGGAGCUACCUGCUUUAAAGUUGAUGUGGCUUUAAGGGUCUUGUUGUUUGCAUCAACAGUGGUUGCUAUUGUUGUUCUUGUUACUAGCAAGCAAACUGUUCGAAUUCCUAUGCCAUUUGAGGCCAAGUUCAAUGACUCUCCCGCCUUCAUAUACUUUCUGGUGGCGUUAUCAGUUGCCGGUCUUUACAGUUUAGUUACUACUCUGGCAUCGAUUUCAGUCAUCCUGAAGCCUCAAUACUCAUCAAAAUUCUUGCUCCACUUUGCCCUCUGGGAUGUGCUCAUACUGGGGCUGGUUGCCUCAGCCACUGGCACAGCUGGAGGAGUAGCAUAUGUUGGAUUGAAGGGCAAUUACCAUGUCAGGUGGCCGAAGGUGUGCUCAACUUUUGACAAGUUCUGUCAACAUGUGGCCGGCUCUCUUGCGGUUUCUUUGUUUGCCUCAGUUUUGCUGGUUUUACUCAUCUGGCUCUCUGUGUUCUCCAUCCACAAGAAAAUCCCUAAGUAAAACCUCAGAAGGCCAUUUCAUGUCUUGAGUUUGUGUGUGAUAUCAGAUGUUAGUGUUUGGAUUUGUGUAUAUCUUCUUUGUAUAUGUUUUCUACUUGUGCAGCAUAUCCCAUUGAUCGGUUGUUUUAUCUUGUACCAUCUGUAGUUUAUGAAUUCUGUAAUUGAACUUCAUUGGCAUGUAGUUGUAAGAGAUUUGUUCAAUUACUAUAUGCUUAUAUUUUAAGUUGUGGUCUCAAGUCUCACAAACCAAUAUAUAAGUAGCACUUGUGUUUAUUA